CCUCUGAGCUAAUUGGCAGUGAGAGUGACAAAGGUGGUCUGCUUCAAAAGAGAAACCCUGGUGAGAUGUUCACACUGGAAAGGAGGAGGAGGAAGAGGAGGAAGGGAGUUUGGGAGGUGGAGAAAGGGUGAGUGGAGGCGCCUUUAGAUUUGGAGUUUCCCAUAAGAUGUCCCAUCCUGAGCUGUGGUGGCCGGUCGUUUCGAGGGACAUGUGUGCUGUGCUGGUAGGGCUUUUUAAUGAGAAAAGUAGAACUGAAUGUGUUUGAAGCUGCAGUGGAACUUAACGCUGGGUGAGGAUGAGUGAGGUGAAGGUGGAGGAGAGCAUCAUGUCGUAUCUGUCACAGAGUGAGACUGACGCCGGCCCGAAAGACUUGAAUGUGGUGGCCAUUCUCCAUAACUUCUGGGAGCAGAAGCAGACGGGUCCGUUAAGUGGUUCCGCCAGUGGAUCAGAGGGUUCUGGUGGGAACGCAGCUGGUCAGGCAGAGAGUCUGCUGUUGUAUGAAUCUGCACCUUCCCCUGGUCCUCCAUAUGUCUGCUAUGUCACUCUUCCUGGAGGAAGUUGCUUUGGUAACUAUAAGGUGUGUGACACUCAAGCAGAGGCUCGGAGGGAUGCAGCUCGUGUUGCUCUGAUGAACUCGCUUGUGAACGAGUUGCCGUGUCGACGAAUCAGCCCUCAGUUCAUCACUCAGAGUCUGCAGCAGGCUGCCAGAGACAGUGCUGUCUGUUUAGAAGAUGCGUGUGAUUCGAGCACCAGCAUAGGAACCUACAGUUUGCUGCUCAACUCCUACAUAGGCAGGACCAUGCUGGAGUUCCAGGAGAUGAUGACAAUUUUCCAGUUGUUGCACUGGAACGGGACGUUGAAGGCUCUGAGGGAGCGGCAGUGCUCCCGACAGAGUGUGAUUGCCUACUACUCUCAGCGAGGCCUGGAUGAGUACAUGCGCAGCAGCAUGGCUCUGGAUUGGCUGGGACGGGAGCAGAGGUCACCGGGGAUACUUGGGAUGGAGCUGCAGGUGGCACAGAGGGAGCUGGUGUUGGCUCGUCGUCGAGGCAUAGAGCUACGCUUCAACAAAGAGAAGACAGAGAUCCUCAGCUUGGCUCUAAGCCAAGCAUACAUUCACCACACACCUGAAAUCUUCAAGGAGGUGCCGGCUCGCACAUACAAUCAAGAACAACUUCCUUUACACACUUUGUACAGCCAGGACACAGACGACGAGAUAACCCCAAAGUUCAGUCCUUCACCGACCCUCCAUAAAAACACAAUGCAAACAGACUUUUGUGGGUUUAAAUAACCUGGAACAGACUGAAUCGGAAGAGAGACGAUGGAUGAAGUUAUCAUGUGGAUCAAUGAAUCAAUGAGUCAAUAAAUGUUUCUUCUAGAUAUGUGAGAACAAAACUUAUCAACCAUUUUCAUCAUCUGUUUAAACAUUACCAAAAGUUCAAUAAUCUUGUCAAAUCUACAGCUAUUUUGUAUUAUUAACUGUGCAUUAUUAAUAUUUUCACAAUAUUAACACUCUAACAUCACAUUCAGUUUUAUGGCUAUAAAACUAAACUCUGUGUUUUUGCGUCUUUAAUCACAACUGGCACAACAUUCAAAUAAUUUUGACCAAAUAAUAGCAGAAUAGUUGCAUUAUUACAGUACAUUUUUAUUUGAUUUUUGCAAGAAUGGCGCUCUCCUUUGCUGUCCCACAUUUUAUGUAAGCUUAGUUGUGUUUUCUUGAAGUUUGUUAUAAUCCACAAUGUGCCCUCCAAUUGAAAAUCAAGAUUUUUGCCUUGUAAGUAUGUCCAUAGGAGUUUUGUUGUUGCUGUAGUUUUUCGAUUAGAAGACAUGUCAUGAGCAAACUAAGCAGUCCAUAACAUUUUCAACUCUGAUAUUGCAACUUGCCAUUGUGUAGUAUAAAGCAACUUUACAGUGUUUCAGUAGUGGAAGGUUAACUGGUGUGCUUGAGCUGUUGCAAAGAGUGAAAGUGUCAGAGACAGAGGCAGACCCUUUACUGCAGUUCUGCACGUUCAGACAGAGUUUUACAUCUGAGGAAUUUUAAGUGAGGGAAGGAUUAUUUUUCAUGGGGAAAAACCAUUGUAAACAUGUUAAUUUGAUGCCCAGAAUUGAGUUUUUAGAGGUUUAAUCAACGCCUAGUGAGGAUUUUCCAUCUUUUUAGUCAAAGUACUGUCUAACUUGCCAAAGGUUCAGUGUUUCUCCCUGUCUCAUGCCUUGCUCUCUAACAUGCCGUUUAUUGUGUCAGUUUUCUCAGUGGAAAUUACUUGCCAGAGUAAUACUAUUGACUGGAUGCUGUGAAACGGACUCUUUUGUGAGUGUAACACAAAUGUUUUAGAUAAUGUCAGAGAGCAGCUUUGUACAAAAUGCUUUCUAGCUUUAGUGUAUCAAGAGAAUUAGCUCAUCAUACAGUGUAGCUGGUCUGUUCAACUGCAGCUAUUAUUAUAAGAAUCAACACUUAGUAUGUUCUUUGUUAUAAAAUGCAUAGAGGUCAGGUGCAUUUGACUCUCGUUAAUUUGUUUAUAGAUGACGAGUGAAUGCAUUUUAAAGGGAAAAAUGUUGAGUUUAUCAUGUUAAUACACAUUUCAAAAUAAAUGUUCUUUUCUAUUA